GCGCGCUUUGUUUGUUGUUUUGCGCCCCUCUCUUCAAACAGUUGGAAAAUUGAGUUUAAUAAAAUUAAAUUUGUUAAUUGAAUUUUGAUUGAAUUUUACAUUACCAAGGAUUGUGAAUUGCGUUGAAAACGAUGGCCCAGAAAUCUAUACUAUCAUUUUUCUCCAAGUCGGGCGCAUCGAAAAAGAAGGAGGAUCGACCUGCGGCACCGUCUGCGGACAGCGGAAGGCACGAGGACGAGGAGGACAACAACAAUGCGGUUAGCGCCGCUGGCAAGAAGCCCAAACUGGAGGCUUCGUCCGCCGACGAGGACAGUCCGGUGAAGCGGCCGGGCCGCAAGUCGACUGUGUUCGAUUCUUCGCCGUCACCAUCGCCGCAGAAAAAGACUUCGCCGGGAACGAACGGUGGAACGUCGCCGAAGCGGAGGCGACUCGUGUCGUCCAGCGAGGAGGACGCACCCGAGGCGGAGAAGGCAAGUCCGUCACCGGUCAAGAAAUCCCCGAGCGAAAGCAAGCCAGUCAAGAAGGAGGCCGACUCGAAAAAGUCGCUCAAGUCUAAAAAGACGACCACCGUGAAGGAGGAGAAAAAGACCCCAAAAAGCGCAAAGUCCAAGAAUUCUGGGUCCGCCGAGAAGAAGACUGCCGUCAAGAAGGAGCAGCCGGAAGUAAAGCGGGAACCGUCGGAAUCGCCCAAGAAAGAGGGGGUGGACACGAAGGACAAGGCCGCCAACGUGAUGAGUUUCUUCACGAGCGCCAAGAAGGAGGCGGUGGCGGCGAGUUCGGCCGCGUCCAAGAACGACGGCACGGAGUACAACCCGGGUCGGAAGGGUUACCACCCGCUGGAGGACGCGUUCUGGCGCAAGGGCGAGAAGGUGCCGUACCUGGCGCUGGCGCGGACGUUCCAGAUCAUCGAGGAGACGAGCGGGCGGCUGCGGAUGAUCGAGAUUCUGGCCAACUACUUCCGGUCGGUGAUUCUGCUGAGUCCGGGCGAUCUGCUGGCGAGUGUUUAUUUGAGCUUGAACCAGCUGGCGCCGGCGUACGAGGGGGUGGAGUUGGGCAUUGCGGAGCACUCGUUGAUGAAGGCGAUUGCGCAGAGUACGGGAAGGAGUUUGGCGCAGAUUAAGACGGACGCGCAGACGACGGGGGAUUUGGGGCUGGUGGCGGAGCAGAGCAAGAGCAGCCAGCGGAUGAUGUUCCGGCCGGCGCCGCACACGGUCGAGGGCGUGUUUGGGAAGCUGCGGGAGAUUGCCAAGAUGACGGGGACGGCGUCGAUGGCGAAGAAGAUGGACAAGAUCCAGUCGAUGUUUGUGGCGUGUCGGCACUCGGAGGCGCGGUUUAUCAUCAGGUCGUUGGCGGGGAAGUUACGGAUUGGGUUGGCGGAGCAGUCGCUGCUGCAGGCGUUGGCGCAGGCUUGUGCGAUGACGCCGCCGAACCAGGGCGACCGGAAGGAACCGGUGGUGAACGCGUUGAGCAAGUGCGGGGAAGCUUCGGCGAAGGGGAAGGUCGAGGACAUUGCGUUGGUGCUGAAGACGGUGUACUGUCAGUGUCCGAAUUACAACCAGAUUGUACCGGUGCUGCUGGAGUUCGGGGUGGAUCAGCUGCUGGAGAAGUGUCCGAUGAUGCCGGGGACGCCGUUGAAGCCCAUGUUGGCGCAUCCGACCAAGGGCGUGCAGGAAGUGCUGGAGCGGUUCGACGGGAUUGAUUUUACGUGCGAGUGGAAGUACGACGGGGAGCGGGCGCAGAUCCACCUGCUGGAGGACGGCAGCGUGAACAUUUACAGCCGGAACCAGGAGAACAACACGAGCAAGUAUCCGGACGUGAUUGCCCGGUUGGACCGCACUCGGACGGAUUCGGUCAAGAGUGCGAUUUUGGACUGCGAAGCGGUUGCGUGGGACCCGGAGAAGAAGCAGAUUCUGCCGUUCCAGAUCUUGAGCACCCGCAAGCGGAAGGACGCCAACGAGGCCGACAUCAAGGUGCAGGUUUGCGUGUUUAUGUUUGAUUUGUUGUAUUUGAACGGGAAUCCGCUGGUUGAACGGCCGUUUUUGGAGCGACGCGAACUGCUGUACAAACACUUCCGGGAGAUUGAAGGCGAGUGGAAGUACGCGACCCGGCUGGACACGGGCGACAUUGACGAGUUGCAGCGCUUCCUGGAGGAGGCCGUCAAGGGCAACUGCGAAGGGUUGAUGGUGAAAACGCUCCAGAAGGAGGCGACCUACGAGAUUGCCAAGCGAUCCCGCAAUUGGCUCAAACUCAAGAAGGACUACCUGACCGGGGUCGGCGAUUCGCUGGACCUGGUCGUCAUCGGCGGGUACAAGGGCCGUGGUAAACGAACCGGAACGUACGGCGGCUUCCUGCUCGCUUGCUACGACGACGAGAACGAAGAGUACCAGAGCAUCUGCAAGAUCGGAACGGGCUUCUCGGACGAAGAUCUGCAGCAGCACACGGACUUCCUCAAGCAGCACAUCGUCCCGCGGGCCAAGAACUACUACCGCUACGACGCAUCCCACGAGCCGGACGACUGGUUCGAACCGGCCCAGGUCUGGGAAGUUCUGUGCGCGGAUCUUUCGCUCAGCCCGGUUCACCGAGCCGCCCAAGGUCACAUCGACCCCGAGAAGGGCAUUUCGCUGCGAUUCCCGCGCUUCAUCAAGAUUCGCGACGACAAGGGCGUCGAGGACGCCACCUCGGCCAAACAGGUCGCCGAGAUGUACUCGAAUCAGGACCAGAUCAAGAACCAGCAGGGUAAUGCGCGGGACCCGGAGGAAGACUUCUACUAGGUUAAGAAAAAACACGAUUCUUUCGACAAUUGAAAAUAAAAUUACACUUAUUUAUGGUUAGA